AUGGUAUUGCUGUACAUCGAGAGGGCUCAACUUUUCCGUCAUCAGGGCUUUUGUAUAGCGCACUCUCCACCUGGAACUUUCACUCCAGCUCUCACAGGAUCCUUACAGCAGCUAAUCCAAGUAUCGUCUGAGAGAAUGACAGACGACGGUCCCUUAUACAAACCGCACCAAUCACUGCCGGGCUGGCGAUUUCUGCCGUUUGAAAAAAUUACAGCAAUUGGUUGA